AUGGAUUUUCAGGUGUUUGGUGAAGUUCUUGCUUUUGACGCAACAUACCGGAAGAACUGGUACGGGUGUCCCAUAGUUGUUCUAGUUGGAGUUAACCAUCACUGUCAGACAAUUGUAUUUGGCACAGCAGUUUUGACUAAUGAGAAAGAGGAAAGCUAUGUGUGGGUUUUGGAGCAGUUUUUGGCAGCAAUGAAGGGGAAACAACCAGCGGUAGUUAUAACUGAUGGGGCUCCCGCCAUGCGGAACGCUAUCACUCGUUUACUACCCAAAGCUCAUCACCGACUGUGUGCUUGGCACCUUUUACAAAAUGCUCAAAGAAAUGUGGGUGAUUCGAAUUUCGUGAAAGGCUUUAAAAGCUGCAUGCUGGGUAACUAUACUGUUGCACACUUCAAAAAAAAAUGGUUUCAAUUGGUUAGUGAUUUAAAUCUUGAAGACAAUCCAUGGGUUCAAGGAUUGUAUGAGAAGAGGCACAUGUGGGCUACUUGUAUGAUGCGGGGGAAGUUCUUUGCCGGUUUUCGCACUACUUCACGGUGUGAAGGUAUGCAUUCUCAAAUUGGUCGGAUUGUGCGUUCCAGAAAUAGCUUACUUGAGUUUGUUCAAUACUUUGAACGUUACGUGAACUACAUGAGAUGGAGAGAGGUUGAUGCAGACUAUAAGUCUGUGGUAGGAGAUGUUGUUCCAAAGACCAACGUGCGUGCCCUUGAACUAUGUGCUGCAAAUCUUUACACAAGGACGGUAUUCUUAAAGUUUCGCUCAUGGCUCAGUAGUGGAAGCCUAGUGAAGGUUGCUGGCAUGAAGGAUACCUCCUCAUGUAUUAUAUAUUCCAUGUACAGGUACUGUAAACCUGCGAAACUGUGGUAUGUGGCACAUGAUGAACAGACGUCAACAUUUAGGUGUUCAUGUCAGCGGAUGGAGACCUUUGGACUUCCUUGUGAUCAUAUAAUAGGUUUGUUGGUGCAUUUGGACAUUGAUGUCAUCCCAAAAAGUUUAGUAUUGCAAAGAUGGUGUAAGUCAGCAAAAGAAUCUAUGAAGGGGAAUUCAGAAUCUGCUUUCAAAUUCUGGGAGUCAACCGUUUUGGCUAGGCUGGGUUCGUUGGUGAUGAGAAGUAGAGAAAUGUUUAACCUUGGAUGUGAAUCAAUGGAGGACUACCUGGAUACAGUUGAUGUCAUGGCUAAGCAUGUUGAGAAACUAAAGGCUAAGAAGGUUGAAAACAAGGGACCUGAUGAUGAGGACACAAAUAUUAAUGGUGUGGAUAUUAAAGGGAUUGAUGAAGUGAAAAAUCCGCAUGUAGUCAAGAGUGGCAGUUCAAGUGGCACCAAAAGGAAGUGUAAUGUUUGCAAGCAGGGGGGUCACAACAAAACCACAUGUCCAGAUAACAAAAGGCAGAAAGUUUCAGCUGUAAGUGGUCUAGGUGUGGAAGGUGGUCAUGCUUAA